AUAAUAAAACAAGUAUGACAACCUCAAAAGCAAAAAGGAAAUAUCAUUGGGGAAUUAAUUAGAGGUUAGCCAUGAAUGAAUGAUUGAUGAGGUUGGGGUUGCAAUUGAGUCGAGGCCCAUGCAAUCCCAGCUACUUUUAUAAUUAAAUUAAUAAAUCACCAUCAUCAUCAUCGUAGUUAAAAAUCAUCAUAAUUACCCCCAAAAGAAAAACCAGUUUCUUUUUACUAUAAAGCAAAGAUUCAAAAUCACACACUUCUUUUUUUUUUCUAAAAUCCAAACAACCCUUUUUCUUUUUAUUUUUCUCCCCCACCACCAUUAGAGAAGAUUCUGAUCUGAUUCAAGAAAAAGGGUAACAAUCAAUAACCCAUCAUCUUCUAGCUUUGCCUUUAUCGAUUUCUGCUUAAAAACACCCCAUUUGUCAAUUGUCCCAUCUCUCACUUAAUUUCUUUCUUCCCUCCUCAUUUUUCAAAUCAAUCUUUUUGCUACCUACUCCACCUCCAAAAAUCAAAACAUAAUCAUUUUCCACAAACAUAAUCAUUUCCAUAAGAAAAGUUUUCAUUUUUCAGUCAAAUCCCAACUUUCCAGCUUCAUGGAGGAAAGGAAAAUGGCAGCAGAGAAACCCAGUUCCAAAGGCCAAGCAUGGUUCUGCACUACAGGUUUACCUAGUGAUGUUAUAAUCGAGGUUGACGAUAUGACUUUCCAUCUUCACAAGUUCCCACUAAUGUCAAAAAGUAGAAAGCUUCACGAGCUCAUAACAGAACAAGAGAACAUGCCACUAGCAAGAAGAACAGCAAGCAUCCAAACGCCGUCUGAGCACAACCACCACUUCGACAACGACGUUGUAGAGAGAGAAGAAAUCCGAGAAGAGCAGGAAAACGAUGAAGAUGACGAAGAGCAGUGUCACAUCACUCUCCCAUAUUUCCCGGGGGGUUCCGAUUCGUUCGAGUCCGCCGCGAAAUUCUGUUACGGCGUUAAAAUAGAUCUCUCCGCCACCAACGCCGCCCCACUCCGCUGCGCCGGAGAAUACUUGGAGAUGACGGAGGAGUACUCGGAAGAUAACCUCAUUUCCAAGACGGAAAGGUUUCUCUCACAGUCGGUUCUCAAAAACAUCAAACACUCCAUCAAAACCCUAACCGCCUGCGAAAAAUUGGGGCCAAUGGCGGAAGAGUUGGGGAUUACGCAGAGAUGCAUUGAAGCCGUUGCGGCCAAAGCCGCCGCCUCAGAUCCGUCGCUGUUCGGGUGGCCGGUGAACGACGGAGCUACAAACUAUGAAGGUCUGAAUGAAGUAAACACUCGGAGGAAAUUGAUUGCCGGAGCAGGAGCUCCGGCUGUAGAUUCAUGGCUGGACGACCUAGGGUUUUUGAGUUUGCCGUUUUUCAAACGCUUGAUUUUCGCCAUGAAAGCUUUGAAUCUGAGUGGGGAAAUUAUCGAGAGUUGCUUGAUUCACUACGCCAAGAAGUACAUUCCCGGAAUUUCGCGCACAACUCGAAAGCCGCCGCCGUCGUCGUCUUCCACCACCACCACUGCGCCGCCGACGGAGAACGAGCAGAGAGAGCUUCUAGAGACGAUUAUUUCGAAUCUGCCGAAGGAGAAGACCACAUUGCGUUCAGCAUCAAACGCCACGCGGCUUUUAUUUGGAUUAUUACGAACGGCGUAUAUUUUGAAUGCUUCGGAAGCUUGCAGAUUAACAUUGGAGAAGAAAAUCGGAUCUCAAUUAGAGCAAGCUACAUUAGACGAUUUGCUGAUUCCGAGCUAUUCGUACUUGAAUGAAACGCUGUACGAUGUGGAUUGUGUGGAGAGAAUUCUAGGGUAUUUUCUCGAGGUGAUGGAGGAGAGAGAUCUGACUGGAAUUGAAGGUGAAGAUGAGAAUCACAGCGUCAGAUCCGCCGCGUUGAUGGUGGUCGGAAAGUUGAUCGACGGCUACUUGUCGGAAAUUGCCUCCGACGCGAAUUUGAAGCCGGAGAAAUUCUUCGAUCUCGCCGUAGCUCUGCCGGAUCACGCCAGAGUUUUUGACGACGGACUUUAUCGAGCGGUUGAUGUUUAUCUUAAGGCGCAUCCAUGGAUAUCGGAGGUGGAUAGAGAGAAGAUCUGCGGAAUUUUGGACUGCCAGAAACUGACGCUGGAGGCGUGCACCCACGCGGCGCAGAACGAGCGGCUGCCGCUGAGGGCGGUGGUGCAGGUGCUGUUCUUCGAGCAGCUUCAGCUCCGCCACGCCAUCGCCGGAACUCUGAUCGCCGGUGAUUCGGGUACGGUGGUGGAGGAUGGGCGGCUGUCCAGUCGCGGCGGUGGGGAGGAAGAGGAAGAUGAGGAGGCGAACGAGGCGGAGGCGCGUGCGCAUGAUGGAGGCGGCGCGUACAGAGCGGCGGUGAGGGAGAAUCAGGUGCUGCGGCUGGACAUGGAUAGCAUGAGGACGCGGGUGCACGAGCUAGAACGGGAGUGCACCACGAUGAAGAAAGCGAUACAGAAGAUAGACAAGACGGACCCACGGGGACACGUGGAGAAAGGUGGUUGGCGGUCCAAGUUCGGUUGCAAAUUCAAGACACAAGUGUGCGAUUCACACGAGCCGACUGUGGUGGACGCCAGAAAGGCCCGCGCCCACCGCCGGGAACAACAUUAAAUUAAAGUCCUCAAUAAAUUCAAAUCCUUCCAAUUUUUACUUUUCAUUCGUCCUUUUUUUUUUUUUUUUGGUUGUGUGAAUAUAAGUAAUUUAUGAGAUUUGUCAUU